AAACCCCAGAUAAACCGAUAAUCUGAUUAGAAUUAGCGUGACUGGUAGGGGGUCACUGGCUUUGAUCAAAUCUCCUAUAAACUUAUUAAUUUUGUAUUUUAAUGAAACUUAUAUAUAAUUAAAGAAAAUAAAAUUUUGCUUAAAAUGGUUUUUGAAUCGUGAAAAUAUAUUCAUAAAUAAGAAAAAUAUCGCCAGUUAAACUUCAAUGUGUAUGUACUUUUCCGCUCCCGCUGCGAGGUCGGUAUCUCGGACGCGGUCUUGUAAACAUAUGCUUGUUUAUAAAUAGAUGCGAUCAUGUGAUAAUGUCGUGUAAAAAUAUCAUCACGUGAUCUAAUUUAAAUAAAUAUAGUUCUUCCGGUUCGUUUUUGAAUCAUUUUUCUGUCGCCAUUUUUUCCGAAGAUAUCGUUCUCCAAAGUCAAGCGCUUGUUGUUACGUCAAUAUUAGGGAAAUGAUAUGGAUUCCAAGACUUCCCAAGAAGAUUCAGAAGGGUCAUACCUUGGCCCCUUUUGUCGAGCCAUCAACCUAUCUGUGAAAGACCUAGACACAAAAACAAUCACCAGCAUCCAAAAUGGAACUCUUAGUGUAGGCGUGGUGAUAGAGUUGUCUAAAUACAUACAAAAACAGAGAUUGACUCAGUCCAGACUGAUUGAAUAUGUAGUUUUACUACAACCUAACCUUAAGAUGCAGAAUGCAAAUACCCUAAAGACUCGUAUUAACAGAAUAUUGGAAACCCAGAAAAAGUUUGAGAAAAAGACAAAAGUGCCAAAAUAUAAGACAAUUCAAGACUUCCACAGUGAUUUGUUAACACUGACUGUAAAUAACAAGUCUAAAACAACACAAAUUGAUGCCAACUUUCCCAAAGCCAAUGACUCAGAAUCAGAUUCUGUGAUGAAUGAGACCUGUCCCAAGUCACCUAUACAGAUGUCACCAGCAAAUGAAACUUUUCCCAGUCCCACGUCCCCUAUCAAACAGAAAUCGUCCCCUAUCAAACAGAAAUUGCCAGCAAAAAUGAAAACAUGUCAAAAUGAGGAUGCCAAAAAAGAAAACAAUCUGCAGUACAGAAUAUUGGUGAAACAAAACACACUUGAAAAGCUCACAAAACUAACUGAAUCUGAAAAGCAAAAUGUGGAACGUCUACAGAGUAUCAAAGGUCACUUUUCUGUACGCAAUGUAACUAAACGUGAUGAGUGCGCCGCAAAAACACGAAAACAAUUGCGUGAAACCAAGCAUGCAUUACUCAAAAGCAAGAAUGAAGGUGAGCUGUUAAAAAGUGCUAAUUCAGAGUUGCGUGCAGAACUUGAAGACUUGAAAAUCUUACAUGAGAAAAUAAAAGCAGAAAACCAAAUAUUGUAUGAAGAACAAAAGAAGAAAAUAAAUGCCCAAAAACUAAAUAGUUAUUACAGGACUACACUUAAGAAAAUGAGAGAAGGUGAUGAAAAAAGAAAUGAAACUAAUGACAACCUGACAAAAGACUAUAAUCGUGAUGACAGAGACUACACACUUCAGAAAGCUUUGGCAUCAGUCGAGAUGGUACUUCAAGACAAAAAAAGAAAAUAUUAGACACUUCUAUAACAUUAGACAAUGGUGAAAUUGUUAGCCUUGGAUUCAAACGAGUUGUAUCAGAAACUGCUGAAAAAAUCAACCUUGUCACAAAGACUCAUUUAACCGAGCUAGCCAAAUGUCAUUC